AUGAACUGCUCGUUCGACGCUUGGCGCAAGUUGGGACUGCUCGUCUCCAGUGAUGAACUGCUCGUUCGCCGCCUAGUGCAAGCUGGGACUGCUCGUCUGAAGGAUAGAUUACAAAUAGUGUUUUGUCAGGUUAAGAAGAUGAAAAAUUUUGCAACUGCAUCCGGAGGUGCAACCCAUAUUGUUGAAAGUAGUAAUAUAGCGUUUAGAAGACAUCAAGAAAUAACAAGUACUGAAGGGACUUUAUCUUAG